AUGGUAGCAUCGGUUCUGCAUGAUGUCUAUCCAGGUCGGCUCGACACCCCAGUUGCUAAAAGUAUCAUCAAUGUUGUUCAAGGGCGUAUUGGUAUGAAUGUAUCCUAUUCCACUGCCCUGAGGGGGAAGAAACUCGCAUUUAAUUAUGUACGAGGCAGUCCAGAAGAUAGCAAUGGUAUGUUGUAUCCUUAUUUGCACAUGUUGGAGAAGGUAAAUCUUGGAACGGUAACAAGUGUGGAAUUGACUGCAGAGAAGAAUUUCAAAUACUUCUUCAUUGCUUUAGGUGCUUGUGUUGAAGGUUUUAGAGCAAUGAGGAAAGUCUUAGUAGUGGACGCAACUUUUCUCUCGGGUUCCUAUGGUGGUAUGUUAGUGUUUGCGACAGCUCAAGACCCUAAUCGGCACAAUUACCCGGUUGCGUUUGGUGUGAUUGAUGGCGAGAAUAAUCGUAGCUGGCGGUGGUUUUUCGAAAAGUUAAAAACUGUAGUUCCAGAUGAUCCUAAAGUUAGGUUUCCUAAAGCCGCUGAGUAUCUUGAUAAUAGUGUGACGCUGGAAAAAUGGGCUAGGUGCUGCUUCUUGGGGGAUAAGUACAACAUAGAGACCAGUAACUUGACAGAGUCUAUGAAUAGUUGUUUAGUGACUGCGAGGAAGUACACCUUAUUGCAUAUGAUCGAUGCGAUUGUAGCCAAAGUUUCUGAAUGGUUUAAUAGAUACAGGAAGGAUUCAGCUGGUCCUUUUUAUAAUAAGAGAGUGGGACCUGUUGUGGAGAAUGAAAUACACAGUCGAUGUGCAAUCGCAUCUCUUUUAGUGGUGACAGAACUAAACAGCUACGAGCUUGAAUACAGCGUUAAUGGACUGGACGGGAAAACUUACGUGGUGAACUUGAUAGCGAAAAGCUGUUGCUGCAGGCGGUUUGAUAUAGAUAAGUUCCCGUGUGAACAUGCAAUAGCCGCAGCGAAGAAACUGAUGAGCACGGAAGAUAGAUCAGCGAGUAUCGGAGUAUAUGACUUGUGCUCAAAAUAUUACUUGAUUGAGACGUGGACAUUGGCAUACUAUCGAAAAAUUUAUCCUGUUCCUCAUCAUACUGACUGGAGUGUUCCUGACAACAUCAAAGAGUUGGUCGUCUUACCACUAGAUGUCAAGAAAAAAGUGGGUAGAAAUCAAGAAAAGCGGAAACCAGGGCCCGGAGAACAUUGCCGGAGGACAAAGAACAAGGCCGACCCUCACUUGGACUUGGAGGCUUGUUUCCGGUCUUCUCAACAUCCCCAGGCAGAAGGUCUUUCAACUUAG